AUCUCACGGGUCUCCAAAGAUAUGAAUGGCACACAUCUACGUGGUGCGGUCACAAACCCCCAAAAUCGUUCGGCAAUGAAUAAGAUCAAGCCCAAAUCGGAUGAAUUGCACUCAUCCCAUACGAUGACUGGCGUGAGCAACUCUGAACUAGGGCAAGAGCUAAACGCACUGCUGGGUGGCAGUGUAGAUGAACAAUGGGAUCAGAUUGGCCGAGCAAUGCACUUCGCAGCGAAGGUUGCUUGUGGAUCGGGAGGGGAAGUAGUACCCCUCCCGAGGCAUUGGAAAUCUGAUGAGUCAGUAGCACUGAUGGAGAAAAAGCGGCAAAUCCCAACCAACCGGGAUCAAGGCAGGGGUUUGUCCCUGUCUAACGUGUCUACCAUGUCCUCCUCUAAUUCCACGGAAAGCGAUCGAGAAGAUUGCACACCAUUUCGUCGUCCCGACACCAUUGGUCAUGAUCCGUUGGCUAUGAAGGAAGAACGGGCACAUGUGAAACGAAGUUCCGAUCAGUCCAAUGGUUUUCUCUCACAAGCUGGCGGUGAACGGGCCCGUCUCCCAGAAUCCGAUACCUCGCGAAGUCACACGGCACCGAUCGGCGUUGGUUUGACCACCAGUCCUCAUCCUGUGACGUACAUCCCUGACAGUUCCAUAACCCCCGCGCCUCAGUCCGAUUAUAUUGUACUGNGUAACGUCACGUUCCUUCAGUGA